AAAUGAAAACUGCCUAUGAUGGGGUAUUUCCACAAAGCAGUACUUACAAAUAUGUUCCCGAGUUGCUUCUUACAGUAUAGCUGACAGAGACAGCCAACAGGUGCGGCACUUUGCUCAGAAGAGGGACAGAAACUUUGCAGAGAACAGAAUCCAUGUCCUGAGCAAUGGUGUUAAUGUAUUACAGGGCACCACCUCCAGCCGUUGGAACAAUUAUCCCUAUAAUGUCAGAGGCCGCAAUCCAGACCAAGCUCCUGAGGGAGGAUGCAACUCUCAGAGUACAGCAAGUGGCUGGGGUCUCUCACUGAGGCUGGGACAGAGGGAGACAUUUUCCUUGCCUGCAGGACAUGUGCAGUGGUACGGGAUCUGUGUUGCCAAGGAGGUUCAAGAAAAGGUCAGCAGACUGUGCGAUAUCAGAGAUGGUGAGAAAGAGAUCAACCUGAUCUUUUUCCGAGACCCUGCAGCCUGAGCCCUCAGCUGUAUUGAGGGAGGAUCAGGUGGUCUGUGCUUAUUGGGCUAGGAAAUGGCGAAGGCUGGAAGCUUGUGACUUCCGGCAACAGGAAGAAGGCUCCUGCUCCACCUGCAUAUCUCCAACUAAAGAACAGGUUCAGUACCCUCGCAGUGUUGAGGGUCUGGGAACUCCAUCCAGUGAAGCAUCUGAGCUAGCUAAGUCUGAGCCAUGCAGCAGCACCAGAAGGAAGUGGCAAGUGAUAACAGUAGGAGACUCCAUGCUGUAGGGGAUGGGGGCCCACAUCUGCCGACCUGACCUGCUGUCUUGGGAGGUUUACUGCUUGCUGGGAGUGGGAUCUGGGAUGCUGUGGAGGUACUGCCAAGGUUUGUCCAGCCCUCGGACUAUUACUCCUUGCAAAUCUUCAUGUGGGCACCAACAGUACUGCCAGAGGAGAUCUGGAGCAUAUCAAGCGUGACUACAUGCAUCUGGAGGCAAUGGCCAAGAGCAUGAUGGCCCAAGUAGUGUUCUCCUUCCAGUGAGAAGCAAGGGCUUGAGGAGGAAUGGAAGGAUCCUGUGGGUCAACAGUUGGUUGCCCAGCUGGCGAUGACAAUUGGUAUUUGUAAUUUAUGGCCAUGGGGACCCUUCUUUGAGGAUUGAAGACUGCUGGAGAGAGGUGGGAUCCACCUGACCAAGUGGGGCAAAACCAUCUUUACCAACAGGCUGGCCAACCUGAUGAGGAUAAUGGGGGAGGGAGAUGAUGACCCACAAUCAAGGGAGGGAGUGGUGAAAUGAGUUGGCAAGCGAAGGAUGCAGGGUGUUAUGGAAAAGAGGGAGCUUGUAAUCAGCAAAAGAGGGCCGAAGGGGAGAUGCUCUGCUGGACGCAAUUCUUACAAACAAUGAGGCUUUUUUUUAUGAUUCUUACAGACUGGUUGGCGAUGUGAAGGUUAGGGGGCAGCCUGGACUGCAUUGACCAUGAGAUGGUGGAGUUGAGAAUCCUGAGAGGAGGGAACAAGGCAAAUGGCAGGAUCGCAACUCCAAACUUCAGGAGAGCAGACUUUGGCCUGUGGAGGGACCUACUUGGAAGAAUCCCAUGUGAGGCAGUCCUAGAGAGCAGAGGGGGUCUAGGAGACCUGUUUGAUAUUCAGGGAUCACCUCCUCCAAGCUCAAGAACGGUCCAUCACAAUGAGCAGGAAAUCAAGCAAAGGUGAAGGGUCUGCAUGGACGAACAAGGAGAUCCUGACUAAAAUCAAGCAUGAAAACGAAGCAUACAGGAGCUGGAAAAAGGGGCAAGUGAUCCAGGAGGAAUGCAGCGGCACUGUCCAAGUGUGCAGAGAUGGGGUUAGGGAAGCCAAAGCCCACCUGGAGCUGAAACUGGCGAGGGAUGUGAAGGGCGACAUUAAGGGUUUCUACAGGUACAUCAGCAGCAAAAUGAAGACCAGAGAAAAUGUGGGCCUGCUGCUGAAUGGGGCAGGGAACCUGAUGAGAAAAGGACAUGGGAAAGGCCAAGGUACUAAAUGCCUUCUACGCCUGAGUCUUUUCUGUCGAACAACUUAUCCUUACACGGAAACCCAGAUGUAUAGCCAAAACACUGGGGGAAAUUACUUCGAUACUCAAGGAAGUUCUGCACAGGCAACAACAGUGGCCUCCUCUCAUAGUAUUGUGGGCACCGGAGGGAUUCAGAUGGGUGUUACAGGAGGACAGCUCAUUAGCAGCUCAGGAGGGACCUAUCUGAUUGGCAAUUCAAUGGAAAAUUCUGGUCAUUCAGUGACUCAUACAACGCGGGCCUCUCCAGCUACAAUUGAAAUGGCGAUUGAGACACUGCAAAAGUCUGAUGGUCUUUCUACUCACAGAAGCUCUCUUCUCAACAGCCAUCUUCAAUGGCUUUUAGACAACUAUGAAACUGCAGAAGGAGUGAGUCUUCCCAGAAGUACCCUUUACAACCAUUACUUACGUCAUUGUCAGGAGCACAAGUUAGAUCCAGUCAAUGCUGCCUCCUUUGGAAAACUCAUACGGUCAAUCUUCAUGGGAUUACGGACCAGAAGACUGGGAACCAGGGGGAACUCCAAAUACCAUUAUUAUGGGAUUCGUGUCAAACCAGAUUCUCCCCUUAAUCGACUACAAGAGGACAUACAAUAUAUGGCUAUGAGACAGCAACCCAUGCAGCAGAAACAGCGGUACAAGCCUGUGCAGAAAGUGGAUGGAGUUGCAGAUGGUUUCACAGGAAGUGGUCAACAGACAGGCACAUCUGCUGAACAAACUAUAAUUGCCCAAAGUCAACAUCAUCAACAGUUUUUAGACGCAUCUCGAGUACUUCCAGAGUUUGGAGAAGUUGAAAUAUCUUCUUUGCCAGAUGGUACUACCCUUGAGGACAUAAAAUCACUGCAAAGUCUUUAUCGAGAGCACUGUGAGGCAAUAGUCGAUGUUGUUGUGAAUCUUCAGUUUAGCCUCAUAGAAAAAUUGUGGCAAACUUUCUGGCGCUAUUCUCCCUCUGCUCCAACUGACGACACAGCUAUUAUUGAACUGAGCAAUCUGAGUGAAAUAGAAAGUCGACUUCCAAAAGGAAAACUGAUUACUCUGUGCAAAAAUGAGUCUAUUCUGAAAUGGAUGGGUAAUUGUGACCAUGUGAUGUACCAGGCUUUGGUGGAGAUUCUCAUUCCUGAUGUCCUUAGACCUAUUCCUAGUGCCUUGACCCAAGCCAUUCGCAAUUUUGCAAAAAGCCUUGAAGGUUGGCUUUCCAGUGCCAUGAACAAUAUUCCGCAGAGAAUGAUACAAACCAAGGUUGCCGCUGUAAGUGCCUUUGCCCAGACUUUGAGAAGAUACACAUCUCUUAAUCACCUGGCUCAGGCAGCUCGAGCUGUGCUUCAAAACACUUCUCAGAUCAACCAGAUGCUCAGUGACCUCAACCGUGUUGAUUUUGCCAAUGUACAGGAACAAGCUUCCUGGGUGUGUCAGUGUGAUGACAAUAUGGUUCAAAGACUAGAAACAGAUUUCAAGAUGACUCUUCAGCAGCAGAGCACUCUGGAGCAGUGGGCUGCCUGGCUUGAUAAUGUAAUGAUGCAAGCACUGAAACCAUAUGAAGGAAGACCCAGCUUUCCUAAAGCAGCACGGCAAUUUCUUUUAAAAUGGUCUUUCUACAGCUCAAUGGUGAUUCGAGAUUUAACCUUACGCAGCGCUGCUAGCUUUGGCUCUUUUCAUCUGAUCCGCUUGCUUUAUGAUGAGUACAUGUUUUACUUAGUAGAGCAUCGUGUUGCUCAGGCAACAGGAGAGACACCUAUCGCAGUUAUGGGAGAGUUUGGUGAUUUAAAUGCCAUAUCCCCUGGAAACAUGGAUAAAGAUGAGGGCAGCGAAGUUGAAAGUGAAAUAGAAGAAGAACUGGAUGAAAAUGGAGAGCCACAAGCCAAAAAGGAGAAAACAGAACUAAACCAGGCAUUUCAGGUGGGCUGCAUGCAGCAGCCAGUGCUUGAGAGUGGAGUAGAACAGAGCCUUCUGAACCCGCUUCAUAAUGAGCACAUUGUUACAAAUACUCAGACUAUCAGACAAUGCAGUGCUACUGGAAAUACAUAUACUGCGGUCUAAUACUGAAGUGCCCUCCCAACUACAUUUGCCCUGUUGAUGCUGGACUUAAUGUGGGGAGGGGGGAAGAACAGGUUUGAAAAGUGAAUUAUCAAAUUUUUCCUGUGCCGAACAUCACAUUUUAUUGGAGUUGUGAAAUGAAAUGGGUGUAUGCAUUUUGCCAGAUGUCUAAAAUAAUUUGUUAGCAAAAUCAUUUUACAUUGGUUACUCUAUGAGUUUUCCUAGUUUCAAGUGACAAGGAAGAUUUUUGCCAAGCUUUUAAUGUUCAUGCUUUUGUCCUCUUAAAAUUAAAAUAACUUAUUUCACAGUUUAAAAAUAUUAUAAUGUUAAUUAUUUGUCAUAAUGAUUUCAUAUAUAUAGGUUUUUAAUUAGACGCACUUCUGUGAAAUAUUAAAAGAAAUGCUUUCUUUGACUUAUACUGGAGGCAUACUCAUUUGACAGCAGAUACAUCAAAUUUGUUAUAAAAGGUGCUUUUCAAUGAACAGAACUAGAAGACACUAUUUUGAUGAAAGUGUGAGCAUUCGGGGGGUAUUUUUGUCAUAAUGUUGGAGGAUUGGGAAGAUCUACUGUUUUCUUUCUGUAAGGAAUAAAUGUUUUUGCUGCCUUUACAAAUGCAGAAUUAGUGAAAGAAUUCUAACAAUGUGAUAAUGUGUAGGCAUACCUAAUUAUCUGAUCACCAUGUAAAUAAUACAAGCUUCCUUUAAAAUCAACAGCUCCAGAUUUUAUUUGCAUGCCAGUUCCUCUGGCUUUGGAGACUACUGAUUCUAUAUUUGAGACCACUGCACAGAUGCUUUUGGCUGUUGAGUAGUACUAUAGUUGAUAGAAACUGAACCAGAAAAAAAGUGACUUGGGGUUUUUUUUAAGUUACUUAUACUGAACUGGACAUACAGGAAAACAUUUGCUUUGGAUUACUUUCUUCUAUUCCAGGUCUUUUCCUACUACUAGUUCAAUCUGCUGCUUUCAUAAAUGAUAAUUUAUAGAAUGUAAGGGAUGUAGCAACCUGCAUAAUUUUAUUUUCAAAAUAUAUUUCCUGAUUACUAAAGUGAAUUUAAGUUUUUACAAAACGUUAAUAAGGUAGGAUAACUGGCACACCUCACUUGUACUUAUUCCCAUUUGCAUUGAAUUUGAAUAGGUGGCUAGAUGGACCAUUGCCAUUUAAGAAUGUACAUCAGGGAUCAUUGUACCUCGGCUAUUACCUGGUGCCUUAAACAGAACUGAAGCUAAGAUUUAGUAUUUUUUGUUAUUCUUAGUAACUCUUAAAAUUUAUUCAACAACGUAUGCCUGUCACUUUCAAAUUUCCUAAGUAUUAAGGACAGGUUAUAUAGGCUUCAAAGAAAUAAAAGGGGGUUUUAUUAUUAAGUGAUAUUAAUAACCCACUUAAAAUUGAAAAUAAAACUAUUUUUUUUGUUUCUAGCUAAAUUUCACUUUACUACAAAUAAAAUUUACUUUGGAACUUGGAAAGUAAAACUAGCUUUAAUACCAACUUCAAACGUUAACAAAAUAAAUGAACCCUAGUCAUAAGCAUGGUUAUAUACUUUUAAACCCUUGUCAGAUUUUCAUUUAAAAAGUCAGACUAAAUAAAUGAGCAGGUACAUAAUGCAGCACAUAUUUUCAAUUUGUAUAUGUGGUACAGUGUCAGCCUGAUGCUAUAUUUUCAUGAUUAUAUCUUAUAGUGAUAAUUUAUACAGUCCAUAUUAAUUGACAUAAAACAUCUCUGAUUUUUUAUUAUUUUAAGCAUUUUCAUUAUUUUUAAAACAGACACAUGGAUUUGCUAAGCUAAAAUAGUGAAAAUAAAUAAAUAAAAUAAAAAAAGUGAAGCAGAGAAUAAAAAAUCAAUUUUAUAGAAAGGACUGUAUAAAAAAUUUAGAGUCUCUUGUUUUAUUUAGUGUAAACGUGGAUUGAUAUUUUUUUAGAAUCAUAUAUAACAAAUGGGUAAACAGCAUGUGAAAUGAACAGCGUAUUUUUAGCUAAGAAAUUUGUUGCUAGAGCUUUCAUAUGCUCCAAGAACAGUUACAGAUCAGCUAAGAUGUCUUAACAUUAUUUGGAGCACAAAAUUAUUUAUUAUGUGGAGGCCAAUCCAUUCUGCUCCAUUCUAUGUAGGCACAAUUCCUACUGAUGUCAGUAGAUAUUUUUUGUCUCGGCAAAAAGAUCAAAUUAUGCUUAUGUUAAUUUAUCUCUAAAUUCACUUGUGCACUGAAUCCUCAUAGAUUUUGUUCUCCCAAAUAUCACUGCAUCCUGUUUUUUCCCCUAAGAAAUCAGCACUCUUCACCAAAAAUCCUAAAAAAAUACCCAUGAUAAAUAUUUACUCCCUUUUAUUUUAAGAUUUUAUCAAGUAAAUUAAAAUUAAAUAUUCAGCUUUUUUUUUUGUUUUUAACAUAGGGUGUUCUAUGCUAUGCUAAUGAUUUGUAUUGUCUGGUUUCAAAUUUUGUGUUGACGAACCUUGUUUUCUUAUCAUUAUCCUUUAUUGGUAGAAUCUUGGAUUUGUUGUUGCCAAGAGAAAAGUAUGAUUGUAACAUGCAAAUCUAGACUGCUAAGAAGAGGUGGGACCUGAAUAUCUUUUGACUGAUCUUUUGAACAGUUGGCCACUGUUCAUGUAGUGCAAAAAUAAAACAAAAUAUAUGCAUGCAAAGAUAGAAUGCAUAUCAUGGAUUCUAAUGGCAGUUAUCAAAACAAAUUGGAACAAUCCCCCAGAUAACUGAAUGGAGUUUGUAUUUUGGUGCUUAUCAGCUGAUUAUUCUCUCAAAUUUUUAAAUAAUAUUUUCCCCACUUUAACAAAUAUUUGAAAGAAUUAAGUUGCUGUAAGCUGCUGCAUAUACUUACAGGUUUGAGAUUUUUGUGCUUUGCUUUUAAAUUUGCUGCAAUUUUUUUCAAACAUACACAUAUCAAACAAUUUACACACCUUUGAUAUUUGUUAAUAGAUAGAUGUUUUUAAUGAUUUAAGAACAGAAAUAUGGAUACCUCAGUCCAAAUUAUGCAUUGUGUACCAUGUGGCUGAAUUGCCACUCUGAAGCCUGCUUAACUCUUUUAGAGCCCUAAAGAGCUGUAGCAAGCAUCCAAUGGCUAGACAUUAUAAGGGCUCAUAUGAUUUGUGGAUUUUACCUGAUCUUGAUGUGAAAUUGUCAUCAAAAUUCAAAAUAAUUGUUUUAGAGAUGCUUCCCCUAUUAGCACAAAUAACUUAGUGAACACUGUGGCGGAAUGGGUAUUGUUGAAUUACUUUUACAAAACAUGGGGCCCAAUUUUCACAAGUUUUAUAUUUAUAUUUAUGAAAAGUUGUCGGUAGAUUUUCAUAUAUCUCAUCUCUUUUAUCUAUUUCUGUGUUUUAUUAUUGUACUGUAGCAUGCUUUAUGCACUUUUUUUUAAUGUUCCAUUAAAAAUUUUGGAAAAUAUUAUUUAAAUUGUUUACUUACAAAAUGAUGAUGUACAGCAUUUCUGCCUUUAGUUCACAAAUGUUUAAAAUAAUGUGCUGGUGUACUGUCACUGAGGAAUGUAUAGGUCUAUAAAACAUUUUAAUUUAAACUGAAGCAUUUUUAAAUGUCUGAAAGAGUGCUUCUGUUCAAAAUAUUUUUGACAGGCAAGACCUGACCUGAUAUAUUUGUGGUUCUCACCAAAUGAAAUCAGCAUUGUUUAGAAAAACAUUUAUAUUAGUUAGAACUACAUUGCAAUCUAACUUAAUUUAUAUAGUGGUUUUACAAAAUAAAAUAACCUUUUAUAGUCAUGAAAAAAUUGGUGAUAAAUUAACUUUUUUAAUAAUGGAAGUAUUUUUGGUACUUCAUGUGACAGUGAUUUCGGAAUUUAAAACAUUCAUUUGAGAGAUCAGUAUAAAUUUCUGAAAAUUGCAUGCUUGUCUGUAGAACAGGAAAACUAUCAUGUCUGUGGUUUAAAAAUAGGUCAACGGAUGGUAUUCUAGUAUCUUUGCUACUUUGGUGAUUAAAAAAAAAAAACAAAACAAAAAAACCAAACAAACAAAAAACGCAAACCAAACAGCCAGGAAUAGAAGUAUAAAUACUAAGUGCUAGUUUUAGCCUUAGAAAAUUAAUAUAAUGCCUUGUAUUAACCCUUUGAGCAUUGUAAGGAUACACUUUUUAGGUAAUUUAAUUAGACUAGUGAAAAUAUUCUAUAUAUUUAAGUAACUGAUUGUCUUGCAGACGUUUUUUAAUUUCUAAAUUAAUCACUUGCAUACCAGACAGAAAUGAUUUUGUUACAGAAAGCUCAAUAGAUUCAGGUUAAAUUAUUCACUGCCAUCAACAUGUGCUGUCUGGUGCAAAACACUACUGCUAUUUUGUUUUCAUUAUUACAUAAAUAUCUGGAGAAAUCAAAUAUUUGAUUCUACAGACAUAAGUUGUUUACUUUAAGAUGCCUUUACAAGAUGGAGAUUUAGAAAAAAAUCUAUUCUUACUAUUUUGAAAAUUUCUUUAGGGUAAUAUUAAAAUACUCUAAUACUGUAAAUGAAAAUCUUCAAAAAUAACCCCAAAACUGCUUAGUUAACAAGAGAAUUAAUUUUACAGAACCCUUGGUAUGUUUGCAAUCAAUUUUUCUACACUCUGAUAAACAGACAAAAAGGACCUAUUACUUUUAACAUUCAGUCACUCUGAUAUGAACUAAUGGAAAGGCAGAGGUGCUAGAUUCAGCUUCCUCUUCAGGGAUACAGUUUGGAUGACUCUUAUUAAAUGUUAGUAUUUAGAAAGAAAAAAAAAACCUAGAAAUUGCACCUGCCUUCUGCUGUGUUGCUCUUACAAGUAGUACUCACCAGAACAAGGGAAAAAAUUCAGAAGUGAGUAGUGAGUUGUUGAAAAUUAUAGAUAGAAAUACCACAUUAUUGAGCUUUUCUACUGGUUCCUUGCAGUAGCAAUCAGCAACAAUGGUGUAGAUGUAUUUAUUCAGAUCUGAGUGAAAAAAAAAGUCUCAUUACAUUAUUUAGUAGAAUUACAUCAAUAGAAUAGUGCAAAUAAGUUGUAAAGAUCUUUAGUCAGUUAAUGCAAAUCCAUGCAUAAUUAAAAUGCAAUACUCAAAGGGUUUUAAAUUAACAUUUUAUUAAUAAUUUGUUGUAAAUGCUUCCCAGUUUGCAUGCCUUGAACAUUGCUGCUAGUGAUUUUAUAUGCCAGCAGACCUGAGUUUAAUUUACCCAUUGUAGUUAAGAAAAAGUAAAAGCCACUUACAAAGUGACUGUCUAGGGUUUUUUUUUUUUAAGAAAAUAUGCCUUAGUUUGAUCAUUUAAACUCUCUAGGUUUAUUCUGAAUUUUUCUUUUGAAAAAGAAACCCAGCAAUUCAAAUGUUGGGAUUGGAAGCCCUGAGUAAUUAAACACUUGGUAAAAAUUAUUAUUGUAAAUUGAUCAUUAAGGCUGAAAUUCAUUGUAGAGAAGAAAUUUCAUAACAAGACUAUUAGCAUCAAAAUGACCCUCACUCAAAUCAGAAUCAGGGAAAUGCUCUUACAUUCUUAAGUGCUUCCUUGAUUUCACUACAAAUGUCUUGCAAGAAUUUUCAGCACUGGGUGAACUUUACUCUAGAAUAAUAAACUGUGGAGGGACGACCUCACCUUGAUUGGUGCUUACCAGGGACCUAAUCUAGUAUCUUUUGACUCACUGAUUUCAACAAGAGUUUUUGUUUGUUUGUGGGUUUUUUGUGGUUUUUGUUGGCUUGGUUUGUUUUUUUUGUUGUUGUUGUUGUUUUUUGUUGUUUUUGUGGGGGUUUUUUUGUUUGGUUUUUUGUUUGGUUUGCUUUGUUGUUUUUUUUACACAAGGAAUACUAAAGGGUUCCCAAAUACAUUGUUAAAGUACCUGUUUUGUAUUUAAACAUUAAAUAUCAUAAUAAAGUAACCCAAUAAGCCAAUUUAAAAUGUCAGAAACAUAUAAUUUUGUACCAAAGCAAGUUUUGCAUCUUCACUGAAAAUUUGGAUUUACAGAAGUAACCAAUGAGGCUAUUGAAUAAACUUUGAGUGCCUUUCAAACACUUGGGAAAUUUUGCCUCAGGUAGUAAACUGUAAUUAGGUUGAUUCUAGAGCUUGCCAAUCAAUAAUUCUAUCAUCACUCAGGGCUUUCUUACCUUCUUGGAAACUUGGUUCCAUUUAUUUUCUACUGUAUUUUUUUAAAGCACCGUCAUUUAAAUUUCACUUAGUAAGUGGCAGAUUACAUUAUCCAGUCCCACAAGCACAGCAAUGUAAUAACACUAGGAGAAAUUGUGUUUUACUAUUUACUGCAUACAUUAUGUAAAUUAAGAAAGCAACUUUUUUGUAGACUGUACAUGUGACAUAAUGUUGUUUUGCAGUUUUUGAAUUAGUUGAACAUACUUUUUAAUUAUUUAAAGAAACAUCUUUACAGAAUAAUUUGAUAGUUCUCAUGUAUAAUGUACUUUAUUUUGUAAAUAUGUAUUUCCUGAUGUGAUUUUUUUGUGAGAAAUGCUAAAUCUUUUAGGAUUUCAUGUCCUCUCAAAAUUGGAAGGAGCUAAAUAAUAGUUUGUGGGCAAUUUGUAUUGUGUACUGUACAAUAUCUAGGAAACUUUUAUAAUUAUAAAAAUAUAUAUUAACUUUUAGUGUGUUGUUUAAAAAAAAUGACUGGAACAUACUAAAGACAGUAGGAUUUUUCUGAAUAUUUCAGACAUGAACUCAGGCUAGUUUUCUUGUGUUUUUCAAAGCAAAAUUGUGUAUUGUCUUCUGAAAUAAAUAAAUUUGUUUUCCUGUUACAAA